UUUCCAAAAUGGACAUUACAAUAUUAGGCGGGUUCAAUAAUUGAUGCAUUUAAUUCACAUUUCUCUUGUCUCUAAUUUAUGAAAUUUGUCUACCACUUUGUGCGGUGCCAAUUUCAUAGCUGCUAAUUCUUAUAUACUAUAUAUAAUACAUGUUUAGCUCAAAAAUUGAUAUUGCAUAUUGUUUUUUUUUUCUUAAUCUUUUUGAAGAAACAAAAUGGGAGCCGGUGGCAGAAAUAGUAGACUUGAGCGAGCACCACACACCACACCACCAUUCACACUAAGCCAACUCAAGAAAGUCAUUCCACCCCAUUGCUUCAACCGUUCUCUUCUUCGUUCCUUCUCUUAUGUCCUUCAAGACCUUUUUUUCGCUUUUUUGUUCUACUAUAUAGCAACCUCUUACUUCCAACUUCUCCCACACCCGCUCCAAUACUUAGCUUGGCCACUUUAUUGGAUCUUCCAAGGCAGCAUUUUUGCUGGUAUUUGGGUCCUUGGUCAUGAUUGUGGUCACCAAGCUUUCAGUGACCACCAAUGGGUGGAUGACACUAUUGGCUUUGUCCUCCACUCCGCUCUUCUCUUCCCAUACUUCUCUUUUAAGUAUAGUCAUCGUCGCCAUCAUUCAAACAUCGGCUCCCUUGAACAUGAUCAAUUGUUUGUUCCAGUCCCCGAAUCUCAAAUCGCAUGGCUCUACAAACGUUACUUGGACAAUCCACUAGGAAGAGCCCUAAAGCUUUCCACUAUAGUGUUCCUUGGUUCUCCUUUGUACUUAGGUUUCAAUCUUACAGGCAAACCAUAUGAUCGUUCUGCAUGUCAUUAUGAUCCUUACUCUCCACUCUACUCAAAAAGUGAAAGGCUUCAUAUAUUGAUUUCAGAUAUCGGUGUUUUCAUCACCACAUUAGUGUUAUACCAGCUUGGCUCGACUAAAGGGUUGAGUUGGCUUGUGUUCAUGUACGGGGUGCCAUUGUUUACAGGGAAUAGCAUCCUUGUGACAAUCGCAUACUUGAAUCAUACUCACCCUUCAUUGCCUCAUUAUGACUCGUCAGAGUGGGAUUGGUUGAAAGGAGCAUUGUCAACAGUUGAUCGAAACUAUGGAUCAAUUCUCAAUAGGGUUUUCCAUCACCUUACAGACGCUCAUGUAGCACACCAUUUAUUCGCAACAAUACCUCAUUACCAUGCAAAUGAAGCCACCAAAGCUAUCAAACCCAUAUUGGGAGAGUACUACUCUUUUGAUGAUACUCCAAUAAUUAAAGCUCUUUGGAGAGAGACUAAGGAGUGUGUCUAUAUUGAGCCAAAUCAUGAAUCUUCUCCUAAUAAUAACAAAAGUGUUUUCUGGUACAACAACAAAUUCUGAUGAUCAUCAAGUUAAAUUAUAAAUCAACAUAUGUUUUAUGUGUUUUAUUAAAAGUGUAUGUGUUAUUAUUGAUAAGAAUAAAAUAUUAAAAAGGUGAGAAAAGAUAUUUCUUGCCUUUGGAAAA